AUGUCAAAAGUGACGGUAAAGCUGGUAGCAGCAGAAUCGCUCUACAAAAGAGACGUUUUCAGAUCUCCGGAUCCCUUUGCAGUGCUUACGAUCGACGGACUGCAAACCAAGUCGACUGCCGCGGCUCGUAAGACCCUAAACCCAUACUGGAACGAAACUUACACGUUUUCUGGUGUGAAUGAAAAUGGAAUUUUGACAAUUCAGGUUUUCGACCAGAAAAAGUUCAAGAAAAAGGACCAAGGGUUUCUGGGGGUUGUCAACGUUCGAAUCGGCGAUGUUUUGGGUCAUUUGGACGAGGAUUCAGUCACCAGAUCCUCACGUAGAGAAGAAACUAUCACCAGGGAUCUAAAACGUUCGAACGACGGCAUGGCCGUCAGCGGCCGUUUGAUUCUAGUACUAUCAACCGCCUCGUCGACCGCAGCAACGUCGUCAGCUUCCGCUGCUCGCUCUUCUGCCAACACCGGACCUCCAGGUGCAUCCAGCCCCAUUAACGAACUAAGCGCUGCUACUGCAGCCACGCAUAUUUCGAGUCCUGGUUCUCCCAACACCACUUCAACACCUGCUCAAACGGUCGCCAACACGCUUCAAAGUGGAACGGGAGCCCCUGGUUCGACCACUGCGCCUUCUUCUAGCACCGCAGCGUCUAGACAAUACUCUUCUUUUGAAGAUCAGUAUGGUCGCUUGCCACCUGGAUGGGAGAGAAGAACUGACAAUUUCGGUCGUACAUAUUACGUGGAUCACAACACGCGUACCACAACGUGGAAAAGACCCACGCUCGACCAGACCGAAAGUGAGCGUGGUGACCAAAUAAAUGCAAACACCGAGCUCGAACGUAGGCAACACCGUGGGAGAACUUUACCUGGCGGUAGCAACUCGGAAAGCGGUUCAUCUAUUGCUGUGCAAAGUAACAACGGCUCUUCCACUCCCAUGGUCAACGGUUCGGCUGCUGCAGCUCUUGCAGCGACAGGCUCCACAACUUCUGGGCUCGGUGAACUUCCUCCAGGAUGGGAGCAGCGCUUUACUCCUGAAGGUCGCGCUUAUUUCGUCGACCACAACACUAGAACAACCACUUGGGUUGAUCCUCGCAGGCAACAGUACAUUCGUACUUUUGGUCCAGCAAAUACUACAAUCCAACAGCAGCCCGUUUCUCAGUUGGGUCCAUUACCCUCUGGAUGGGAAAUGAGACUGACCAACACUGCCCGUGUUUAUUUUGUUGACCACAACACGAAGACUACGACUUGGGACGAUCCACGUCUACCUUCUUCUUUGGAUCAAAACGUUCCACAAUACAAGCGUGAUUUCAGACGUAAGGUCAUUUAUUUCAGAUCUCAGCCUGCUUUGAGAAUUCUUCCUGGACAAUGUCACAUCAAAGUUCGCAGAAAGAACAUUUUCGAGGAUGCCUACCAAGAGAUUAUGAGACAAACACCUGAAGAUUUGAAAAAGAGACUAAUGAUCAAGUUCGAUGGUGAAGAAGGCUUGGACUAUGGUGGUGUUUCCAGAGAGUUUUUCUUCUUGCUAUCUCACGAGAUGUUCAACCCAUUUUACUGCUUAUUCGAAUACUCCGCUCAUGACAAUUAUACUAUCCAGAUAAACCCCAAGAGUGGAAUCAACCCCGAGCAUCUAAACUAUUUCAAGUUUAUUGGAAGAGUGGUGGGUCUGGGUGUAUUCCAUAGAAGAUUCUUAGACGCGUUCUUUGUGGGUGCGCUGUACAAGAUGAUGCUACACAAGAAGGUGGUUCUACAAGACAUGGAGGGUGUUGAUGCAGAAGUACACAACUCUCUCAAAUGGAUUCUCGACAAUAGCAUAGACGGCAUUCUGGACUUGACUUUCAGUGCUGACGACGAAACUUUUGGCGAAUUGAUCACGGUUGAUUUGAAGGCCGAUGGUAAAAAUCUAGAGGUCACGGACGAGAACAAGAAAGAGUACGUGGAGCUCUUCACGCAAUGGAAGAUAUACAACCGGGUGCAAGAACAGUUCAAGGCCUUCAUGGACGGGUUCAACGAGCUGAUACCUGAAGACUUGGUCAAUGUCUUUGACGAGCGUGAGCUGGAGCUCUUGAUCGGUGGUAUUGCCGAGAUCGACGUCGAAGAUUGGAAGAAGAACACAGACUACCGUGGGUACCAAGAGUCUGACGAGACCAUCAAAUGGUUCUGGAAGGCCAUCUCCGAAUGGGACAACGAACAAAAAGCCCGUCUGUUGCAGUUUACCACAGGUACAUCUCGUAUACCAGUUAACGGAUUCAAAGAUCUCCAGGGUUCCGAUGGACCAAGAAGAUUUACAAUUGAAAAGGCUGGUGAGGUACAGCAACUGCCAAAAUCUCACACCUGUUUCAACAGAGUCGAUCUUCCCCCAUACACCGAUUAUGAAUCUUUAAAACAAAAGCUGACCCUUGCUGUUGAGGAAACAAUCGGAUUUGGCCAAGAGUGA